AUCUAUCCAGGUGCAGUGGAGCUGAUGCAGGUCAUCGAGGAAUUUAUCCACAUCGUUGGCCUGGGCAUGAAGGACUUCCACAACGCCUAUCUGAUGACUGGAAACUUGGUGGCCAGCAUCCAGAGGCUCCCGGCACUGUCUGUGAUGACUGACAUCAACUUCCCUAUGAAGGGACGUAAAGGCAUGGUGGACUGGGCCAGGAACUCUGAGGACAAGGUGGUUAUCCCCAAGGGCAUCUUUCUACCACAGUCUACAGACAUGGAUGGAUCACCUGUUUUCAUCCUGGGGACAGUCCUGUACAAGACUCUGGGACUGAUGCUGCCUUCACCAAGGAACCACACGGCAGUGAGCUCCAAAGUCAUCGCCGUCACAGUGAGACCAGAGCCCAGGAUAACAGAGUCACACCUGGAGAUCGAGCUGGCUCACCUGGCCAACGGAACCCUGAGUCCUUACUGUGCACUGUGGGAUAACAGCGUCAUGUAAGUGAACACGCUUUCCUUUUUGCUGUUUUCUCCUUGCUCUUCUC